UGCUUUCUGCCAUAAGGGUGGUGUCAUCUGCAUAUCUGAGGUUAUUGAUAUUUCUCCCGGCAAUCUUGAUUCCAACAUGCUUCAUCCAGCCUGGCAUUUCGCAGUCAAUGUAACAACUGAAGUGAAGUCUGUAGAAAUGCACCUUGAAGCAUUGAGUGAAGCCCUUCCUGGGGACAGUGUGGGCUUCAAUGUCAAGAACAUGUCUGUCAAAGAUGUUCGUUGUGGCAGUGUGACUGGUGACAGCAAAAAUGACCCGCCAAUGGAAGCAGCUGGCUUCACAGCUCAGGUGAUUAUUUUGAACCAUCCAGGCCAGAUCAGUGCUGGAUAUGCACCUGUGCUGGAUUGUCAAACAGCUCACAUUGCUUACAAGUUUGCUGAGCUGAAGAAGAUUGAUUGCCAUUCUGGGAAAAAGCUGCAAGAUGGCCCUAAAUUCUUGAAAUCUGGUGAUGCUGUCAUUGUUCAUAUGGUUCCUGGCAAGCCCAUGUGUGUUGAGAGCUUCUCUGACUAUCCUCCCCUGGGCCGUUUUGCUGUGUGUGACAUAAGACAGACUGUCACUGUGGGUGUCAUCAAAGCAGUGGACAAGAAGGCAGGUGGAGCUGGUAAGGUCACCAAGUCUGCCCAGAAAGCUCAGAAGGCUGAAUGAAUAUUAUCCCCCAAAUCUGCCACCCCAGUCUUAAUCAGUGGUGGAAGAACAGUCUCAGAACUGUCUCAGUUGGCCAUUUAAUAGUAAAAGACUGGCUAAUGAUAACAAUGUAUCAUAAAACCUUUAGAAGGAAAGGAGAAUGUUUUGUGGAUCAUAUGUUUGGGUGUGGCAGUUUUAAGUUAUUAGUUUUUAAAAUCAGUAAUUUUUAAUGAAAACAACUUGACCAAAAAUCUGUCACAGAAUUUGAGACUCAUUUAAAAAAAAAAAGCUUAAUGAAAAACAUAACUUUUUUGUUACAUUCAAUUAAAGCUUUAUUUUUUAUAAGAAUGUAAUCUAUAUUUUUUGUACUUUUUAUUUUGUUUUGGGGUAUAACCAAUUAACAACAACAGGACUCAGCCAUACAUAUACAUGUAUCCAUUCCUCCCCCAUAACCCCUUCCCAUAUAGGCUUCAUAUAACACUGAGCAGAGUUCCAUGUGCUAUACAAUAGAUUUUUGUUGGCUAUCCGUUUUAAAUAUAGCAGUGUGUACAUCCUAAUAUAAA